GUCACUGACAUCGAUUGAUUGAACUUGAACUGUCAAGUCAAAACUAAUUUUAUUGGGAUUAAUUUUUCCUGUCUUGUGAUAACGCAUUUUAGAAGAUGCUCUCCUCUUCUCUUCUCGGUGGCCUGAAGGCUGCUCGAUCAUCAAUCGUUAUCACAAGAAAUUUAGCUGCAGCACAAAAGGCUUCCGACCCAAUUCAACAACUGUUUCUUGACAAGAUCAGGGAAUAUAAACAGAAGAGCUCUGGUGGUAAACUUGUCGACCCAAGUCCAGCCAUUCAGAAGGAACUAAAAUCUGAGUUAGAGAAGCUGGAACGGCAGUUUGGUGGUGGCUCUGGAGUGGACAUGACAGCAUUCCCCUCAUUCAAAUUUGAAGAACCAAAAUUGGACCCAAUUGAUGAACAGGCAGCACAGAAGUGAACAACCAAUGUAUCAAACUUAGUUUAAAAUAUUUAAAUAAAACUCCACAGUUACUGAA